GAGCGCACGUUUGCCCUCAUCAAGCCCGACGCGUACCCGCGGUACCGCAAGCAGUUGAUCAAGCAGAUCAUUGAGAAGGGAUUCACAAUUGUCGCCCAGGAGGAGGUGCGGUUGACCACUGAUGUGGCCGAGAAAAUCUACGGUGACAUGAGCUCUUUCCCCGUAUAUGACCGGAUCAUUGAAUUUGUGACCAGCGGCCACUCGCUGGCGCUUGUGCUCGAGGGCGCAGACGCCAUUGCCACCUGGCGCAACCUGGUCGGCCCGACCAACCCCAAGACAGCCAAGUUCGAGGCCCGUAAUAGCUUGCGCGCAAAGUACGGCCUGGAUGCCCAGAAGAAUGCCGUCCAUGCUAGCAAGGAUCACCAGGAGGCUAAGAGG